AUGGAAAAUGAAAAAAAGCCUAAGUUUAAAGCAUCUAGCAAUUACAAGCGGGCUAAACCUCAAAAAGACAUGGAUAAAAUGCGUCCAAAAGACUCAGCACGUCCAAUUCCCACAUCUUUAUCCUCAACCAAACCAGUUUUGGGCAAUUUGUAUAGACCUCCACCACUACAAAAAAAGCAGUAUGUGAUGGAAUACAAGGAUCUACAAAUAUUUGAACAACAAAUUAAAGAAUCUGAAAAGUUGGUUAACCAAUUCUCAAUGCUAGUCAAAACAAUUAAAUUACCUGGAUAUUAUAUAGCAGGUUUAAAUUUAAAUGACGACCAAAAUGAAAUGAUUAUUGAUUUAAUCAAAGAAGAAAUUCGAAAUAUGAACAAAAACCUCGAUGAUGGCCAUUGA